GCGGAAAUUCUAGCUUGUCAGCGGGUCUGUGCGUAUCCUGGCAGUGUGAAAAAGGCCAGCAUAUACUCGCCGCAGAGCCAGCAUUGAACCAAAGUUGCCAAUCGCAGGUGUAAAUAAAUUUGGCAAGUGAGAAGCGGGGAUUCCCGGAUACUCGAUUCGAGUCCAAGUUCGCGGUGCGUUCACUCCUGCAGGCUGAGGGCUCUUCGAGGUGGCGACGACUCUGCACAGCAGCCUUCUUCGGCUAAGCGAGGUAACGCGCAAGGCGCGCGUGUCUCGUCUGAUCGAUUUGAAAUUCGACGCAAAAGGUUCUUCUUUAGGUUGCGCGAGCCGAGAGACCAUUCAGAAAUGGUCCGAGCACCACCUACCAACGACUAGGCCAGUGACGCGUGGGACCAUGCAACAAUGAGAUACUGAGGACCUUGUCACGCCCAGGAACACCUAUGGGCCGCAAAAAGUGGUGGCGCGGAGGCUUGGAGCUGCUGCUGCUGCUCUGCGUCUCUUUCCACGGUAUCCUGAGUGACGGUGACGUUGGCUGCUUAUUCAGUGAAAAUCUUUGUCAGCCGGAUGUUGAAUUUUGUUACAAUGAUCUGGCAUUUGGACGUUGUUUACAAAAAUAUGGAAAUAUAGAAGACGACGAUUUAUACAAAUAUGAUCUCCGGCCAAACCAACUGCAACUUUUGCGAGUUCAGUUAGAAGAAUUGGCAAUCGAUGGAUACAGAUGGUCACAUCCGUAUACGCAGUGCAUAAUUCAGAGAUCCUUGUACGCUCUUCGCUUCAGAACACCGAACGAAGGCGAGCUGUGCAAUCGAUUGAAGGAAAAGGAGAAGCAUCAGUUUAUCGGUGAUGAUGGAAUUGAUGAAGGAAACGACGUGCAUUCUCAAAAAAUAGCAAUAGUAAAGUUUACACCAAGUGAAGAAGACCCGCAUGGAGACUUUGCAGACGAGCUAUAUUACCCGCCAGGUGUGGAAAAGGAAGUCCCAAAAUUUUUCAUCCAAGAUAUCGGUUAUCCAAAUGCUCAGGAAAUAGUGGAGUCUGAUUACAACGAGAGAUCGGGAGGAAUGAAUAAUGCCUGGGGUGAUUCUGGAGCACGUCGAGAGCUGGGCGAUAUCUCAUUGGUCGAAGACAAUUUUGUCGAUCCCGAAAGAAUGGUGAAGAAAAAAUCAUUACUAUUGGAUAACUUCGGCGGUAAUGGAGUCUACGAAUUCGACCCAAAGUCAAUUAGAAAUUACCAAUCGAGUUUACAACAAAACUAUAUCGAUGCGAUAAAUCGUAGAUUCCAAGAAGAAAGAGACUCCCAUUUAGAGAGGAUAGCGAAAAAAGCUAAUCUUAUUCCCGAUGAUCAGUUAGAAUUUCUGACCGAUCAGCUGCUGGGAAAUGUCGCUGAUUUUAAAGAGCAGGAAAUACAGCAACCUCUUGAUAAUUACGAAAAGGAAUUCUCGAGGAAGUAUAAAUACCCUAGAGAAUUGCAAAGAUCGGAAAUUCCCAAGGAAGCCAGCUUAUGGUUGGAUCAGAAUGUACGCGAUUCAAAUAUCGGACGGUUUACUUCGGAAAAUGAGGACAACGAUUUCGAAAUCGGUAGGGGAGAUUUGGAAAAAAUGUUUGAAUCUCAACUUGCCAACGAGCCUUCGAGAGAUGCAAUUAUACCACGACAGAACGGAAUGUAUACAGAGGGUGGUUUGGUGAAUCCGUUGAAAUAUGGCAAUUUCAAGUCAGCAAUUUCCAACGAAAAUGAUUUCAACAACGACGACUUUGCUAAUCACUGGGAUGCUCUACUAUUCAGACGAGAGCUUGCGGGAUUCAAACGGCACGAGAGAUUAGACGUUAAAAAACCGGGUCCACCAUUCGCGACAAAUAAUUAUGCCUUUAAGACCCAGUCUGCACAAAAUACCGGUUUUCUUACAGAAACCCCCGACGAUGCCGAGGAUGAAAGACAACAGAGAGAACCUCUACUACUACCGCUUGUAAAGAAGGAGCUGACCAGCAGCACGCACAAAUUAAAAACUACCGGUAAUUCGUACAAGAAUGUCGACAUGGACCACGUAUACAUGCAAUUCAAAGGAGAAUUCGGCACCUGGAGCGAAGGUGAACAUGUAAUUAACGAGGUCGGCAGACUGUUGGGCCUCGAACCGAACACGUUGACUGACAUACGAGUUCAAAGAGCCGAAGUCACGUUCAAAGUAAAGCCGGACAAUAGUAAAGGAUACAAUGCCACGGACGUAGCGAAUAAAAUUGAUGGAAUACGCGGACAACUGAAGGACAGUCUUCAAGUGGAAGUUCUGAGAGCCGGUAUCGGGGAUAAGGCAAAAUUACCAGCUAUUUUACAAGUUGGUAACGAGUCGGAGCUGAGUGCUGGUUCCUUCAACGCAUUGCUGGCCGCAGGGUUGGCUGCUGCCGGUGCUGCAGCCGCUGUAACACUCUACAUUGCCAGACGUCAUGCCAAAUCAAGAACCAAGCUGGCGGGCCUGGCCAUCCCUGAUCCGGAGGCUUCGAAGGACUACCAGGAUCUCUGUAGAGUCAGAAUGCAGGCCAAACAGCCAGCUGAGAAACCAGAUUCACCACGUGUCGUUAAUCUUUCUCGCGAAAGUGAAUCCAACAAUUCUCCCUCAAGUCGUUCGAGCACAUCUUCAUGGAGCGAAGAACCGGCUCUUUCCAACAUGGACAUUUCUACCGGACAUAUGGUUCUGUCAUACAUGGAAGAUCAUUUGAAGAACAAGGAUCGCCUGGAUCAAGAAUGGACUGCGCUUUGCGCUUACGAAGCAGAACCUUCUUCAACGGCAGUAGCAGAAGAUGAAGAAAAUGCGAAGCGAAACCGUUCAGGAGCUUCACUUCCUUACGAUCACUCCAGAGUUGUUUUAAAUGAUCUGGCUAACAUAAAUAAUUCUGACUACAUCAACGCCUCGACAAUCAAACCGACUGACCAUGACCCUCGGAAUCCAGCAUACAUUGCUACGCAAGGAGCUCUUCCUCAGACUGCGGCAGACUUCUGGCAACUGGUCUGGGAGCAGGGAAGCGUUGUCAUAGUGAUGUUAACUCGGUUGACUGAGGAGGGCCAUGCUAUGUGUCACCGCUACUGGCCAGAGGAGGGCUCCGAAUUAUACCACAUUUACGAAGUACACUUAGUCUCGGAGCAUAUUUGGUGCGAUGACUAUCUCGUGCGUUCAUUUUAUCUGAAAAACUUACGAACUGGUGAAACAAGAACCGUAACACAGUUCCACUUCUUAUCCUGGCCAGAAAAUGGCGUACCACACUCAACUAAAGCUUUACUCGAAUUCCGCAGAAAAGUUAACAAGUCAUACAGAGGGAGAUCCUGUCCAAUAGUUGUACACUGCAGCGACGGAGCUGGACGUACAGGAACAUAUUGUUUAAUCGAUAUGGUUCUAAACCGGAUGGCAAAAGGUGCAAAGGAAAUCGACAUUGCUGCGACGCUGGAACACAUUCGUGAUCAGCGACCCGGAAUGGUAGCAACAAAGCAACAAUUUGAGUUUGUUCUUAUGGCUGUUGCUGAAGAGGUUCAUGCCAUACUCAAAGCCCUGCCAAUUCCACCAGCUGAUAAGUCAGCAGCUCCGACAACAACCACAGUUUCUCCUCCAGUAAAAGGUGAUCAGUAAAAAAAGUACGUAUUAGAUCUUAGAAAAGAUUAGUGAAAGGAUUUAUCAUUGGUAUACUGUUACGAAAAUUUGUUGGUCCGACAGUAAAUGAACAUUAAAAUGGGAAUGAUCUCUCUUAGUAAUUUCUAAUGAUCUGGACCCAAAAAUCUAAUAUUUAUUUCACCCGUUAACAUGAUCGUAUUUAAUGAUACCGAAUUGUGCCCAUUGAUUUUUUGUUCCGACAAUGGAUGAGAGGACAAACUUGCUUCACGUACUGCAAACUGAAUGUUAUUGAAUGAUAUUGUAUAUGUUCUAACAUAUCUGAGUUUAGCCUUGAAUAUUUCUUGAGAUUAUCAGACAAAUGAGAAAGUAGAAUUUGAAAACCAUCAGCUACUUUUGGAGAAAAGGAAUCAAAUAUAUGCAUAAAUAAGUAUAUAAUACAUGUGUAAAGACAUAAACGUACAUGCGUUGAGUUUGUAAUAACGCUUGACUAUUGUUGAAGAUUUAGUUUGAAAUUUUCUUUUGAUAUUUUUCUUUAUUAUAGUUAUGAUGAAAUGUGAAAAAAAUUACAGACACUUUUAGUCGCAACACGUUAGAAUGUGCAAAAAAGUUUGUACUAGAACACACGGCCUAUUUUCGAGUUGACAAUUUUAUUGGAUUAAUUGCCAUCAAAAUAAUUUUUCUACGUAGAAAACAUUAAGGGAACAGAAGACUUGAAAAUUCUAGAUACAGAACGGUUUACAGCCACAUCCUUUAUACAGAAAAAAAGAAAAGUAAAGAAAAUGUAUUAUUUUAUUCAUAAAUAUAAAAGAGAGAUAGCAUGCGCAGCAAUUAGAGACAUACAGCACAUACUUCACAUUAGAUAUAUGAGAUGGGAAAACUUUCAAUUAAAAAAAAAAAAAAAAUAAUACAUUGAACGAAACGUUUAACUAGAAAGUGCUUCUAUUGAUUGUUUAGCGUGGUCAAU